CGGCGCGAGGCCGCUCUGGCCCAGUUGGGGCUCAGCGUGGCUCUGUGGCCGGACUGUCGCCCCCGCGCGUCGUCGCCGCGGCUGCCGGGAAGGUGCAGCAGCUGGCAUCUCUGCUCGACCGGGUCGAAGAUCCUUGCCAGCACGUUUCUGGAUAUCCUGUUGAACCUUCUUCAGAAUUCAGAGAAACUGCCAGGUGACCACUGAAAGAAAGAUCUAAUCUUAAGGCCUACGCAUAUUCUAUCCACCACAUCAGAACAAUGUCCUACGUUUUUGUAAAUGAUUCUUCUCAGACUAAUGUGCCCUUGCUACAAGCCUGUAUUGAUGGAGACUUUAACUAUUCCAAGCGGCUUUUGGAAAGUGGCUUUGACCCAAAUAUUCGUGACAGCAGAGGCAGAACAGGCCUUCACCUUGCAGCAGCCCGGGGGAAUGUAGACAUCUGCCAGUUGUUGCAUAAAUUUGGUGCUGAUCUUUUGGCCACAGAUUAUCAAGGGAACACAGCUCUUCAUCUCUGUGGUCAUGUGGAUACUAUUCAAUUCUUAGUUUCCAAUGGACUCAAAAUUGAUAUUUGCAACCAUCAAGGUGCUACACCCUUAGUUCUGGCAAAGCGCAGGGGAGUGAAUAAAGAUGUCAUCCGACUGCUGGAAUCUUUGGAAGAACAGGAGGUAAAAGGAUUUAACAGAGGAACCCACUCAAAACUGGAGACCAUGCAGACAGCUGAGAGUGAAAGUGCCAUGGAAAGCCAUUCUCUCCUCAAUCCCAACCUACAGCAGGGCGAAGGAGUCCUGUCCAGCUUCCGAACCACAUGGCAGGAGUUCGUAGAGGAUCUGGGCUUCUGGAGGGUUUUGCUCUUGAUCUUUGUCAUUGCUUUGCUGUCUCUUGGCAUUGCCUACUAUGUGAGUGGGGUGCUACCCUUCGUAGAAAACCAGCCUGAACUGGUGCAUUAAAGGAGCCCCUGGAAGAUGAGGCAGAAGUCUGUUUCCUGGCUUCUAAUAUUUCUCAGUUUCUCAAAAUUGUUUUCUUAGUGCAAAGCAGUGAGAGCUGUACUUUUUUUUUUUUUUUUUUUUGCAUUUUUAUGUAUUGAAAUCCUUUUAGAACAACAUGUUUAUUUGAACUAACUAUAUACUGUAUUCAAGUAUACUGCAUCCUAAAGCUACCUCUGACUCAACCUGACUUCUUAGGAAAGUCUACACAGGUUUGAUGAAAACAUGGAAAUGGCUGAAGAAUGAAAGGUGAAGGAAGAGACUAGGAAGUCCUUGCUAUAGAAACCUACCCUAAUAUAGGACCAACUAAAGCGAAGUGUUCAAAAAGGAAAAGGUUUUGAUUAGUUUUGGUUGGUGGUUUUGUUUUGUUUUUGUUUAUUUUUGCAAGAGCCCCUUUUCUCCUUUUAUUCACAUUCUCUGGGAGUAGGGGAGAGAGUGAAAUAUUCAGCUUAAAACUUGAAGUGCUUUUUUCAAAUCCCACAUAGUAAAUCAGUAUUGUUGGAAUCCAUUUGAUUUAUUUUAAUACUUUCAAGUCUAGUCACAAACCAAAUAGAACUUUCGAAAGUAAGCUAUAUUUUCUUCAAAAAUAAUUGAUUUGAUCUUAUAUUUGUUUUUAGGACUAUUUUGGUUUUGUUUUGUUUUUGUAAACCGCUUUUUGUUAAUCUCUGUAAAAAAUGAACAUGACUUCAUUUUGUUCAUUUUUCAAUUUCCCCUAGUAUUUAUUUCAAAGAUAACUUUGUUCAUCAGAAAUAUAAUCAGAAAACACUUUUUCUGUUCAAUAGUUAGCAGGGAAAAAAUAAUUAUGAUAUUUAACUGUCACUGUAAUUUGGUAGUGCUAUUAUUAUAGUGAAAAAUUCAGUUCUAUAAGCUUGCCAUGGUGUCACAAUUGUAUCAUAGUUCAUAAUUAUUUCAUUUUGUUUGCAGUCCUGUUCAGAGGCCCUGUAGACUUGUCAUAACAAUCCCAUCCACAACCGCAGUUCUCUGAUGGCAAGAACAGAUGGAGUGUUUCUGAGUUAAUAGCACUGAACACGAUUGUGCUGGGCGUCAUAACGCUUUUAAAUGGUAAUAUUAUGUAAAUUGAAAUCUGGCCCCCAAACUACAUUGCAGUUUUCAGCAGUAUGUUUGAAGGCCUCUUUUGUUAAUGAUUCUGUUAUGUAUAAACCAUAUUCUUGGGUUAUUAAAAAGGAAUCUGAAGACUUGAUAAUUACUCAUUGGGUAUAGUCAGAAAACUGUAGUGAAGGAACUAAUGGCUUUACUUUUGAAAACAAAGGCAUCCAAGCUCCUGCUAAUUGAAUUGUUGCUAGGAUUAGAAAUUAUAGUUUAGAAUAGAAUCUGUAUUUCUGCAGUUCGUUUUGCAUCUCAUUAUUUUCUCUUUUGUAUUUACAUAUCUAGAAUUGAGGUAUUUUCUUUCAUGUGGCUUUAUCCUUUCCUAAGGAGCUGUUUUAAAAUUCCUGAUUUACCUCGCUGCUUCAUUAUCAGCUCAGAGUCUUGCUUUUAGGUUAGAUACAAACAAAAUAAAUAACACUUGGUGUAAAUAUGGGAAAAAACAGCGAACUCUAAUUUAGAACAGAGGACACUAGAACACUAGAAAUCGAAGUAUAUUCAGUAUGAAAGUUGUGGGAUUCGUUUUACAUUUGCUUGUAAAUCUAAACAGAUAGGCAAAAUUAGUUAAACAUAUGUAAAUAUGUUGCAUUUCUAAGAGCGAUGUUUCCUUUUAAGUGCUGAUUUCUUUGUAUCCUAUUCUUUGCAUUCAAAAUUCAGUAACACUGCCAAUAAAUGUAUUUAUAAUCUCUUAAUCACAA